CGCUCUAGUGUUCGCGCCAGCUGUGUUUCCACAUCAUGUGAUGUGGGAGCACAGCAGCCAGCCAGGCAGCUACACACAGAGAGAGACCCUGGCUUUGAGGAUCAGUGUGUGGAACACGAAUUUAAAGACAUGUUCAAACUCCUUCGAGAAAAUCAGGUUGACAAUCUUAUAAUCUAUAGGGUGAUCAAAUUAAGGUGCUGUCCAGGGCUCGGUUUUUGUGUUACCGUGUUUUCAAACAGCCAUCCAACUCUUGGCUAACUAUGUGAGCGCAUGGUAGCUCGAUAUAUAUCGCACCAGCCUUCACCCAUGCUGAAGCUGGGGCUCAGCAGCAGCGGAGCCACUGAGCCACUGAGCCUUGGACCAUUUCCGACAGCUCCGUAUGGAUCUGACGUCGGCGCACUCUGCUGCUGCUUGAUGUUUUACAAAGGGCCGGUUUGUUGGUGAUUUCGAAGAUGGGGGAUUCCUGUGACCUUAAACACUUCGUAAAGUGUGGCGUCACAUUGGAGGGCUCAUUUCUCUGAUUUGGAUUAUUCUUGGCCAGCAGCCUCUUCAGGCCUACUAAUCCUAGAAGAGUUUCUCAAUGGACACUCUGCUCAAGUCAGAAAUCAGAGAGGAAGGGAGUGGCGCAUCGGUAAAGGUGGAGGGCCUCUCCAAGGCAGCUCUAAUCAAAAGUCUGUCUCCCAGGGUCAUCCUAUCCAACCAUCUUUUGUCUAAAGGGACCAAGAUGAAGGUCAAUCUAGAGGAUCAGGGUCGUCAGAAAGUGUCCUUCAGCUUCGCAAAUACAAAGAAGCCGCUGCAAAGCCCGUUCUUCAUCCCCGCCAGUCCUGAAAAGGCUGUUGCUGAAACCCACACUGCAUUGUCACAGUCAACUGUGGACAAAGCAGGGAAGACCACAGAUGGCAAACCUGAGAAACCCUUGGUGCCUGUGGUACCUUCUCAAACACCAGUCUCCCCAGCUACCAAACAAGUAACAGACUUGACAAAGUUGCAUUUCAAGAAGCAAAUUCUUAGCGUUUCCGUGGCUGAAGAUCAACCAUCUGUCUUGCCAGAAGAACCACACACAUCUGAACUACAGAAUUCACCAAUCAAGGGUGAAACUGAAUUCCCAACACCCCAGUCUCAAAAUGUCAUCAGCGUCUGCCCCUCUGAAAAUGCUCACAUUGAACCAUGUGAGACACACAUAGCCCCUAGUCCCAUGAAGCCAGCUGCUUCCUCAGGAAAAGAUGGAGAGAGUCCGAGCAGUACUGAGCAGGAUAACAAGGUAUACAGAAGGAAAACCAGGUCACAAUCGGGUAGUGCACCCCCUGGCUCAGAAUCUGAUGGAGAUUCAGCUCAGAUGUCUUCCAGCCACAAAUCAGUUGAUUCCAAAAGUAAAACAAACCCUGACAGCAGAAGCAAAGAUGCAAAAAAGUCUUGCUCUGCUUCACACGUGGAAGAAAGGGAAAAAGGUUCCUCUAAGCGAUCGGAGAAUCAUGAAAGGUCUUCUAGUUACUCCAAAUCAGACCGUGAGUCGAGACACACAUCCACACGUUCUUCUCGAUCAGACAAGGAUCGCAGAAGGUCCAGGUCUAGAUCACGGUCUCGAUCAAGAGGGUCUCGAACAAGUUCGUCUCACUCAAGAUCAGAGAGAUCCAGAGGUGACAGAGGAUCCCGUUCUGAACGGUCGUACUAUCAUGAUUCUGAUCGAAGAUCACACAGAAGUUCUCCACGCAGAGAGAGAAGACGUUCUCGCUCUCGCACUGAUAGAACUCGGGACAGUUCUGACUCUGAAGAUGACCACAGAAAAACAAGAACAAGGUCGUCCAACCGCUCAAGCUCACAUAGGGACUCAAAAUCAUCUUCCUAUUUAAAAUCUGAGAAAACUUCUAGAUCAAUAGAUUCUCCCCACUCUUCGGAGUUAGAUAAAAGAUCACAGCAAUCAAAGUCUGAAAGGACUUCAAAACGUUUAUCAGACUCUGAUUCACAGCGCAAGUGCUCCCCUGAUUUGGACCCCAGUUACCGUAAAUCUAGCAGCCAUCACAAGCCAGAGACCAGCAACAGAUCCUCUUCUUCCAGUAGUCAUACUCACAUUCAAACAAACGAAAGACGCCAAAAAAGCAGCUCCAGUGACUCUGAGGCAGAUCAUAAGGGGAAAUCACAGCCCUCUGACAAAAGCUCUGGCUCCUUGGAGAACUGUAAAAACUCCCAAAGGAAAACUAGUAGGCCAGAAUCAAAACAAACAACCCCUUCAAGAUCUUCUGCGAAAUCGCCUGGACAUGAUAGACAAUCAGAAGACAUAUUUCAGAGCCCUGGCAAAGUGCCAGCAUGUGCAACCUCCACAGAAUAUUCUGAGAAGGAAAAAGAAAAAUAUGAUCCACAACUAGAUGGACAUAAACAUGGUAUUCAGGACAUUAAGGAGAUGGCCUCAUGCAUUAAUACAAGUUGUCAAGACUCAUUACUCAUGACAGAGAAAGACACAAAACAAGGUCCUGAAACUGAAGUUACACAUUUCUCAACUAUAACCUCAAGUGAAAGCAUAAAGCAUAUAAAUGUCACUUCAGAAGACUUGAACAGUUUAAUGGGUAACCUUUCCUCUAAUAAUCAACCACAUGUGAACUCUGAUGCAGCUGUCAUGAACUCAUGCAAUAGUAAUGAUAUGUUCAGCCAAGAUGAGAAAGUUUCUGAGUGUACACCUGGGCAAAAGUCCUUACUUGAAACAGCGGAUAUGCCUGUGACAUAUGAUGCCCAGCAAAACACUAAGCCAGAGACUGUUGAGCUGAAUAACGUUUUCACAGACGAGCAGCAGUGUGACCCUACUUUACCACUCAAAUCUGAUUCAUUGUGUUUUGAAUCUGAGAAUCUGCCAGUGCAAGGACAGCAAAAUAUGGAAAUGGUUAAAAAGAGUGGCUGCACUACCAGAAAGUCCAGAUGGGACAUUGUUGGACAGGAUACCUCAGAGAGUGACAAUUCACAGAAGACUGCCGAGAGCAAACCUGCAGUCAAAAAAAUGAUCUCUGUCAAAAAAAUUGAGUUUUCUAAGGACGGUAGUCAGCAAGAUUCUGACAUUAAAGAUCCCAUUCAGCAAGAGGCUGUAAUACAUUCCACACUGGUAAAGCAGACUGAACUCUCCGCACAGGAAGUCAGCUCAGACAGCGUACCCAUGACCUAUAAAGACCAAAGUGAACCUUCACAAGCAAGCACCAGCAUUGACCACUGUGACUUAAAACUGACUGCUUUUCAAAAAACAAACCCAGACGAACCUCUGCACUUCAGUGGUGCACCCCAUGUCAACUCAGCUGCAACGACACAGAGCUGGAAUGGUGAUAAUUAUGAACGCAAUUCCAGGGAGAGCACUCAAAAAAGCAAAUUCAAUAAGAGCACAUCACUUUAUCAGGAUGCAUUUGGGGGACAGAGUGAGGCCAGCGAUAGUGACAACUCGGAGUAUGAUUCUGAUUGUGGCGAGGCUAUAAAACAGUUGCACUCUGUAGUAGUGGUGCCAAAGAAUUCUUCCCUAAAAAUGGAUACAGAUGACAGCGGCGCUUCUCCACACAGUCCUGCAAAUAUUUCUAAACUGUGUAAUGCCCAUAUACCAGUUGGAGUGAAUAUCACCGAAGUCCAAAACCAAGUCAGUCCACAGCAAAGACAUCCCACAGUGAAGACUGGGUCAGGUGAUUUAGUCAAUAGAAGUGUUUUGUGUCAAUCCCAGAGCAAUAUGAUCGAUAGUACCAGUCACUCAGAGGGUUCCAGCUCCACCAGUGCCCAGCCUUACAUUGCCACUCAUAUCAGUGUCCCUGGAAGUGCCACCGUUUCUACCCACACACUUGAUAAUUCCAGACAGUAUGAGGAAGGGCAUAAACAGCAUGAUAGAAGUCGGUUCUCAGAUUACCAACCAGAUAAUUUCUCCAAUGCUGAGAACAUCCAUGACAAUAGUGGAUUCCACCUGGGUUGGGAUUUCUCACAACCAGAACAGCCUAGUAGUACAUACCAGCAGCCUGAUAGCAGCCAUGAGCCACAGUUAAACACUAAACCACCAGGAACCUUUGCCGAUGGGCAAGACCACAUACAGAAUAUCAACUUCUGCACUAACCAGUCUCCACAAAUGCAGGCCAGCAGACAGCCCUACCCCCAUGCGCAUGGGCAUCAUCAGAAUCCCUCAAGUGAAAUCCAUCCUGACUCUCUAACUAAUGACCAUGACGAGGACAGUGGGGAUAAACCAUCGAGUCUUAGCAAAACAGCUGUUGAAUGCAGCAGACCCAACACUCCAGGAUCAUCAAGUUUUGUGCAAGGCCAUGAAAUAAGCAGCAACAGCAGAGGUUCUGCUGUACCUGAUCCUCCUAGAGAAGAUUAUUUUAGACCCCACAGAAGCAGGGGUCCACCCAAGAAAAGGCGACAGGAGUUUGAGUCAGAUUCAGACAAUGAGGCAGAGCCUGGGCCUGCAGGCAAAAGGGAACGUCAAGGGGAUACUGAUGUCUCUAAGGAAACUGAUAUGAAGCCUGAGCUACACCGUCCAUCACUCACUCUACGGGACUUUCAAGAUUCCAGUAAAUGGAAAGACUACGCCAAGUCUAAAAAGAUGCCCCCUUACUUUGACUUGAUUGAGGAGAACAUGUACCUGACAGAGAGAAAGAAAAGUAAAUCUCAUCGAGAUAUCAAGAGGAUGCAAUGUGAGUGCCCAGUGCUGCCUAGAGAGGACCGCUCAAGAGGAGUAUUGGCAUGUGGGGAAGACUGCUUAAAUCGACUGCUGAUGAUUGAGUGCUCAUCGCGGUGCCUGAAUGGAGUUUACUGCUCUAAUCGCCGCUUUCAGAUGAAACAACAUGCAGACUUUGAGGUUAUCCUCACUGAAGACAAGGGCUGGGGACUACGGGCAGCUAAAGACUUGGCUCCAAACACAUUUGUCCUGGAGUACUGCGGUGAGGUGUUGGACCACAAGGAGUUCAAAACGAGGGUCAAAGAAUAUGCUCGCAAUAAGAACAUCCAUUACUAUUUUAUGUCUCUGAAGAAUAACGAGAUCAUUGACGCUACACUGAAGGGUAAUUGCUCCCGGUUCAUGAACCACAGCUGCGAGCCCAACUGUGAAACCCAAAAGUGGACUGUCAACGGCCAACUUCGAGUCGGGUUCUUCACCACCAAGGCUGUCGCUGCAGGAACCGAACUGACAUUUGACUACCAGUUUCAGAGAUAUGGGAAAGAAGCUCAGAAAUGCUUCUGUGGAGCACCCAGCUGCAGGGGCUUCCUGGGUGGAGAGAACAGAGUUAGUGUUCGAGCAGCUGGAGGGAAGAUGAAGAAAGACCGCAGUCGAAAGAGUGCUCUUAUCACGGUUGAUGAGGAGCUGGAGGCUCUGCUGGAGAAUGGAGAAGGCCUGUAUGAUGAGAAACAGGUGGUGUCACUCUGCAGACUAAUGGUCCGAGUGGAAACCAUGGAACAGAAACUCAUUUGCCUAAAGCUCAUACAAGAUACUCAGAAUCCAUCAUGCCUGAAGCUGUUUUUAGACCACCAUGGGUUGUCUUUGCUGUGGAUCUUCAUGGUGGAGAUUUCUGAAGCUAAAGGCAACUGUGCAAAUAAUGUAAAACUGCAGUUAGAGAUUAUGAAGACCUUGGCUGUGCUGCCUAUUUCAACUAAGAACAUGUUGGAGGAGAGCAAAGUCCUGACAUUCAUUCAGCGUUGGGCCCAGACAAAAAUGCUCCCACAGCAGCCUGAGAUGGACGGCUACUCCAGUGAGAACACCUCCCGUGCCCAAACGCCCCUCAACACUCCCGACGGUUCCUCCACCAAACUAGGACCAGAACUGGACGCAGAUUCCUCCAAACCUGCUGUCUAUCGCCGCCUUAAAAUCAUCAGUGAAAACAGUUUGGACAGCGCUAUCUCUGACGCUAGCAAAGCAUCUGAUCUGAAAGAGGAAGAGGAGGAGGAUGACGAAGAGGAAGAAGAUGAAAACUCACGUGCAGGACUUCCUGAUGGGAAACAGUUAAAGGCAGAACCACGGGGCGAAGCUGGGGAACCACGGGGCGAAGCUGGGGAACCACAGGGCGAAGCUGGGGAGCCACAGGGCAAAGCUCUGGAGCCACAGGAUGAAGCUGCAGGUCCAUUGACCGAAGCUGCAGAUCCAUUGAGCGAAGCUGCGGAUCCAUUGAGCGAAGCUGGAGAUCCGGUGAGCAAAGCUGCAGAUCCAGUGAGCGAAGCUGCAGAUCCAGUGAAAGAAUCGGUGGAGGAGUUAGAGAAGGACAUCAUAGGAGAGAAUCAGGAAGAGGCAGGGACGAGCUCAAGCAGUCAAGAACAACCUCAAGCUGAGGUUGAGCAAGACAAAAUGGAGAUUGAUGUUGAAACAGACACGGAGAAGAAAGAGGUCACAAGCGAGGAUCAGGCAGAGCAGCUUGAGGAGCCAAAAGAGCCCAAUGAAGAACAGGAGGGUUCUUCACCUGGUGAGGAGCAGAUCAGCCAAGCAGCGACAGAAAAGCCUGAACUGGGAGGAGACCAUCUCAAUGUUAACAUCCAUGAGCCUGAGCCAGGGAGUCAGCCCAACCAAACAGGUGCUGUUGAUCAUCCUCCUGAGCAGCAGCAGCCUUCAGAGAAUAUGGAACCCCAAUCAGAUGCCCAAGAGGUUGAAAAAACUCUUUCUAGCAGCGAGCCACCUUCUACUGAAUCCACCACUGAUGCUCCCCAAGUCUCAGAGAGCGUAGAGGCCACUGUGCCCCCUGAGGUCACAGCAACGCUCGGGGAUCCGUCAGUGAUAGGAACUCCUUCUCAGGACGAAGAGGAAUGCGUCUCAGACGUGGAGAGUGAGAGGAGUCAGGAGCCCCAGCUCAGUGUUUUGGACAUUAGUGGCAUGGCUGCCAGGCUUCUGGACAGCUGGAAAGAUCUGAAGGAGGUGUACAGGAUACCAAAGAAGAGCCAGGUGGAAAAGGAAGCGAGUGAUCGCAGCCGAGAUCGAGACACAGCUUUGACUCCACGAACCACUUCUGGCAGCCGAGAACGUGAAAGGGAACGAGAGAAGGAGAGGGAACGUGACAGAGAUUAUGACAGAGACAGGGAUCGGGACAGGGAUCGGGACUGGGAGAGGGACAGAGACCGGGACCGAGACCGAGACCGAGACAGAGACAGAGACCGAGAUCGAGACCGAGACAGAGAUCGUGAUCGUGAUCGAGUCUCUGACAAAACACCUCGUAGCUCAGAGCGACGGAGGAGACGCUCCCCUUCUCCACCACCCUCGUCCUACGAGAGAAGCAGCCGACGCACAGAAGAACGGUUUGACUCGUCUAACAGCAACAAGACACCAAGAGGAGUGGGUGGCAAGGAGCGCAACAAGCUGUCCACGGAGGAGCGCAGAAAACUGUUCGAGCAGGAGGUGGCUCAGCGAGAAGCUCAGAAACAGCAACAGCUUCAGCAGCAGCAGCAGCAGCAGCAACAACAACAACAACUUAUGGCUUAUGACCCUACUUUGGCCUAUGCCUCCAGCCCCGGCUUCAUCACCUACCCUCCUGGAUAUCCUAUCCAGACAUUUGUAGAUCCAUCCAACCCCAAUGCAGGCAAAGUACUUCUCCCUACCCCAGCGGUCGAGCCCACCCUCAACUAUGAACAGACCCCUCCUCAGCGUCUUAUCUCAGACAUGGGGCUGCCCUCUCCUUCCUCCACGUCGCAGGCCACUCCCGUCUCUACUCUCUCUCAGCACAUCACCGCCACCAACCUCACCACUGGCGACCCCCAGCAGUACGCCCAGCCAACUGUAGCAACCCAGGACGCAGGAGUAGCUGUGCUCUCCGUACCCCAGGCUCCUCCUCAGGUACAGGGCCAGCAGAGCUACACCACCCUCUGGGACCCCACCACUCAGCAGGCAGUGACUGUGCAGACCCAGCCUGCACAGCAGUAUGCCACAGCCCCGGGGCAGGCUCAGACGCAGACGGCCAUCUAUUACCAGGGCCAGCCAACCAUCUACAGCAUCCCGGCGGCCUACCCUCAGGCCAACACUCCCGUCAUACAGGCAUACACUGAGCCCACAGCCAGCUACCUGCACGGUCAGCCGGUGUAUCCCGGUCAUCAGCAGGGAGUGGUGGUACAGCAGGGCGGCACAGUCACCACCAUUGUCACAUCCCAAACUGUCCAGCAGGAAAUGAUUGUACCCAACAAUGUGAUAGACCUUCCUCCUCCCUCUCCCCCUAAACCCAAAACCAUCGUCCUACCUCCUAACUGGAAAGUGGCUCGCGACCCUGAAGGAAAGAUCUACUACUACCAUAUUGUCACAAGGCAAACCCAGUGGGACCCUCCAACCUGGGAUGGAAGCAGCGACAACACUAGUGUGGACCAUGAAUCUGAGAUGGACCUGGGGACGCCCACCUACGACGAGAAUCCUUCCAAGUUCUCCACAAAGACGGCUGAAGCAGACACUUCAAGUGAACUGGCGAAAAAAAGUAAAGAGACGUUUCGUAAAGAGAUGUCCCAGUUCAUUGUGCAAUGCCUAAAUCCCUAUCGGAAACCAGACUGCAAAUCUGGACGCAUAAGCAACACAGAAGAUUUCAAACACCUAGCAAGAAAGCUAACGCACGGAGUCAUGAAUAAGGAGUUGAAAGCUUGCAAAAAUCCUGAAGACCUUGAGUGCAACGAGAAUGUGAAGCACAAGACCAAGGAAUACAUCAAAAAGUACAUGCAGAGGUUCGGCUCCGUGUACAGACCCAAGGAGGACACCGAGGUGUACUGACCUGCUUGCGGCUACGGAUGAUGUAUUUUCUCUGCGCCCGCACGGGAGAAGCACAGAUUUGCCUUUCCGACUCACUACUCUGUGUACGAACUGGUCGGCCUGAACAGUGAAGUAGUUUCUUAUUUGUAUUUAUGUCAAAGAAUUGCACUGCUGCCCAAGAAGCUCUCCAGGCCCCCGCGGAAUCGCACAGGAGCCCCCUGCUCUAGAGACUGCCGGAGAGUCGAAGACGCCAGGUGCAGUGUUUUUCGUGAGGCGACGCUGAGGGGUGCUAAAGAGACUCGUGUUUUCACUGACUGUUUUAUUUCUGUUGGCAGUUUUCCCCCCCACCCCGCGUUUGUGGCAUCUCGGGCUCUUAAAUGUUCCUGAGAAAACCACCUCAAUUCCACUUUUUAAAACUCUUAUUGCCCUGAAUGAGGAUCGUUCGAAGGAAUCGGCAACCCCACCACCCCCAACCCCCCUCCACAAACACAAACACACACACACACACACACACACACACACACACACACACACACACCACUGACUGUAUCUGGUGCUGCUUUUAACUGGGCUGUGGAGGUCCAGGCUUCCACUCCUCAGACCCUGCCUUCUUAACCACAAGACUUGGGAGCCUCUGUUGUUUUAUGAACGCACGACGUAGGAGGAGGUCAGAGUGGUGUCCUUACGGUAAUUUCUUACAUUUUCCAUGUCUCCUGCUUGAAGUGAUACACCCUCGCCGGAUGAGCUUUUUAACCCAGCGAACACACUGAGGGAUCAGCUGAUGAAAAGCAGGUUGGCAAAGUGCGUCAGUGAAUAUUUUGUCUUUUAUCAAUUUGUGUGUAAUAACGGGAGCAGGGUUUGAAUGCUGUGUAUGACAUGCUGUUUAGCUGUGUGUCCAUCCCCCCAAUCCCACCCCCACCCCUCUAAUUUCUUAUCCACCCCCCCUCCUCCAAACUGGUUUUUCCUCCUUUUACAGGAAUGACGCUGAAAAUGAAGGUUGUAGCAGUCGUUGCAUUUUUAACCGUUUCUAAACAUUUUGCGUAUUCUGCAUCUUUUUACCACACUGAGUUAGACGUUAGGAGAAACUUAAACUGACCUCGCUCCAAAUGCCGUCUACCGCCUACCGUCUCAUUCAUUUUUAUUAUGUUUUUUGCCUCCGGUUGACUGUAAAACAUUGUUUUUUUUUGUUUUUUUUUGUUUUUUUUUAAGCAUUAGGUCAUCAGUUUCUCACAGCCCAUUGAAUUGCAUUAAGGUUCCAACAUAUGUACAUUGCUUUAUAUGUGAAUAUAUUGAAUAAUAGUUUUUUUUUUGGGAAUGUUUAAAUAAGCAGACACUUUGUAAAAGAACCGUCAUUUCAUGAUCGAACGUGUAAAUAAUGUUUAAAAUUACCAAAGCUGUAUGCAGGAGCGUAGGAUCAUGGAGAGCAGCGAGGCCGACCGCCUUCGCGAGCUCAGUCCUCCUGAUGCAGUUCCCACAUCAGCCUCUCAGACGUAGGAACCCGCGGACUCUCGUUAUUUUAUUUCAGCGGGCGGGGGGGAGAUACUCAUGUGUUUAUUUUGUUGUUACUGUUGGUGGUGUUUUUUUUAUUAUUAUUUUUCUAUGUACAAAGUAAGUCUCACCCCACUCUACUGUAACUAUUGUGUAAGCACAUUGUCAUACCGAGUGUACAAACAUUUUAAGAGAUAAUAAAACUUUUUUGUAAAAUUA